AUGGGCAAGUUGGAUGCGGUCCACACUUCUAAUGCUGCCCUGGUCCAGAGGCAACCCUUGGUAGCCGUCUUUUUUGGCGGUACAGGAGGCAUUGGGCAUGUCACGCUGCGUGCAUUGGCCACGGCCGAGGUCAAUAAUGGCGGCAAGGGGCUUCGGGCCUAUAUUGUUGGAAGAAAGGCCGAAGCAGCCAAAGAUUUCAUCGCCGAGUGCCGUGGCAUCUACCCUGGAGGUCAAUUCAAGUUUGUGCAAGCCAAAGACCUCUCUUUGAUUCGAGAAGUCGACCAGGUCUGCGCAGAUAUUCGUCGGAUGGAGGAAGAGGAAGAAGGCCAGGACGCGAGAAUCGACUAUUUGAUGAUGGGCCAAGGCGGCUCUAUCUUUCUUCCACGCAUUGAUACAAAAGAGGGCAUUGACCGUACAAUGGCCUUGAUGUACUAUUCCCGCAUGAGAGCGAUCAUCAACCUGCUGCCUUUGCUGCUCAGGUCCACCCUUCCUGCCACGGUCGUCUCCGUCUACGCGGCCGGAGCUGAAGCAAAACUCUUCCCAGAGGACCUGUCACUGCGUAAUCCAAGUCAUUAUAGUUACUCGCAAGCCAGAUCACACAUGGUGUAUAUGCAUACCUUGUUCAUGGAGACGCUGGCAGAACAAAAUCGUGGAAAGCUUGCUCUGAUCCACAUUUUCCCUGGCCUCGUGUUGGGACCGGGCUUCCAGAGCCCUGAAUAUCCCACAUGGUUCAGGGUCGUAUGGCGUUGGGUCUUCAUCCCCCUUUUCGGCCGAAUACUUACAGUGCCCCCCAACGAGUGUGGUGCUAGGAUGUUGUCUCUUGCGUCACCGCGCUACCCGCCGCUGCCAGUGGACGGACCCAAGAGCGAAGCAGGAGUGGCUGUAGGGACAGAUGGGAGGCCUGGCAGUGGUGUUUAUUCUCUCAAUUGGAACGCAGAGAGCAACCGCAACGGCAAAGCUUAUCAGAAAAUCAACAAGGUCGAGAUGAGAAGAAAAGUUUGGGACCACACCAUGAAAGCCUUCGAAGUCAUUGAAGCAGGAGGGGUGUUUACUGAGUGA